CUAAUGAAGAGAGCCGCAUCUCUCCAACUUGAUAAGACAUCCCGAAACGGCUGGGACAGCGUCCUGCGGAUAGCUUAUGCACUGCGUCUGUCUUUGGUAACAAAGACUUUGAAACUGUUCACACUUUUUUGGACACAUCUUUAAAAUAUAUAUAUAUUCUUCCACAAAGUGAGUCAAUUUAAUAUACAGGAGGGGAAAGCUGAUCUGGCCUUGUGUUGGACUGCCAAAGCAUGAAGUUUCAGUGGGUUUGCGUGUCGCUCCUGGGGUUUGCGCUGUUCUUUGGGGAAUACCGGGGGAGUGAGGUGAAGUUCAGCCGACUUGAUCGGUGGGUCAAGACCGGCUUCCAGUACUUGAAGCUGAACCUGUGCCGGCGAGUGUCUUUGUCGGAGAGCGAGUGCAAGCGGCUCUCGCACCUCCAGCUGAGCUCCGUGGCGGUGUACGUCUCCGAAUCCAGCCCGGACCAAGUGCUGGCCAUCCUGCCCGACUCCUACACGGCAGAGGUCCCUGCGCCCAAACACAACACCUACUCCGUGACUCCGGCGCUGAGGACCGGGAAGCGGAAUCAAGACGCGUUCCCUGGCUCAGCCUCACACGAUGCCGUACUUGUGUUGGACCCGAGUCCCGGAGAAAGUUUCGGACACUCGGUGGUACUUUUCUAUGUGGACUUUAACGUGACAAAGAAGAAAUGUGGACACAUGGACGGGAUAUUCUUGGGUGAGGAGUGCCUGACUCUGGGCCUGAAGUCGCGCUGCGUCAACCAGCUGAAACGCCAGCGGAGCCGUAGCGACCGACUGGUUGGGCGGGGCCGAACACGGAGGGGGGCGGGACGAACAGGGAAGGAGGUGAUUCCAUUGGGCCCUGAAACCAGCCGAUUAAGCAGGGAAACUAUUCCAUUGACCAAAGAGGCGAUUCCAUUGGGCAGAGAGGAGGAGUUAACAGGGAGAGAGGCGGGGCUUGCUGGGAGGCGGGGCCGUGCGGCGCGGUCGCAGCGUAGCGGAGGCGUGUGUGAGAUACACUUCCUCCCCCUGGUGGUGGGAGUGAGGGACGGCAAUCGCACACAGAGACUACGAUGUGUAGAUGAUCCGGACUUUGCGCCCUGCCCUGAGCGUCUGCCUGCGUCGGGACCGAGUGUCCCCCUCAGCAGCUGUGAGCUAAGCAAGAACACACGCCGUUGCCACCAGCAACCGCUAGCGUCACAACGAUCCUGCCGACUGUACCAGACCUGUGACCACGCCGUGCUGCUGUCAGGUGGCUGGCAGGAGCAGAUCACAUACCAGCGUCACGUGCAGAACCUCCAGCGCUUCCACAAGAUGCUGCGUAGCAACGGCUUCCAUAAGGAACACAUCAAAACAUUCUUCGCCGGCAACAGCCAGGUGGCAGCUAAGGACACGGAGGGCAUGUACGCGGCGACGGAGAAGGAUGUGAUACGUAACCACAUAGCGUUCGUGUGCCGCAAGCAGCACUGUGCCGACACGCUGGUGCUCUACCUCAACAGCCCCACAUGCACCGACGGCACCAUGCUACUAUGGGACCGCAACCACAACGGCAUCGCGGAGUUGAAAGAGCGCUACUCGGUGGGCGAGCUGCUGUCGGACCUGGCGGGGUGUCGUGCGCGCCGCGUGCUGCUGUUCCUGGAUCAGAGCUACAGCGGGGCCCUGGCCAAGCGGCUGCGCUCCUCGCGCAAACACCCCAACGUGCUGCUGCUCAGCGGCCUGCCCUGGGCACCCCUACAGCCCUCACACUGCCUCAUAGACCACCUCACCAAGCAGAGUGCAGGGUUGCCUGGUAUGGGCGAGUGGGCGCUGGGUCUCCUGAACGUCACCCUGGCGGGGGCUCCGUGUAACGCCACCCCACCUCUCUCGGAGGCAGAGAUGCGGCGCGAGUUCAUGGGCUGCCAGAACCUGCCCACCGCCCUCUGGCACCAGGGUCAUCGCCGUGGCAACUGAGAGUUGAUCCAGCGCACUCUUGUUACCUGGGGGGCAUCGCCGAGACAACAUAGACUAUCAACGCACUCUUGUACCAGUGGCCCGUUGCCGCAUCAACGGAUGGUGCAAUGGACUUGGGGCGCAUGGACAAACACAGACACAAAUGCAUUCACGCACACAAGCAAGCAUUCAUUCACACACAAUCACACACACACACACACACACACACACACACGCACGCACACACAUGAACACACACACACACACACACAAAAGAUGAACCCCUGCUUUGUUUUCCCCGGUCUUUACCGCCCUGCAGUAUCUAUUUAAAAAUGUAUAGUAAAGUAAAAAUGUACAGUUCAGGAUUAAAAAGGGACCUCUCUGGGCCUAACGGUAAGGCACUGGGUUGCUACGCUGGAGACCCAGAUUCGAUUUCCGGCCAGGUCAUUGGCCGAUCCUUCAUCGUCUAUUUCUCUCCCCCCCCCACUCAUUUCCUGUCUCUCCUCCACUGUCUUGUCAAAAAUGAAGGCAAGAAGCCCUAAACAUAUGUGUGGGUUUUUGAGCAUUCUAUAAAAAGAAUGUGUUCUACUACAAUGCAAGAUUCUACAAUUCCAUAUUUUAUUGAAUGACGCCCAGAAUUCUAUAGAACUUUCACUGCCCAAACAUUCCUGUCACACCGGUGUGACGGUACACUCUUAAAGGUUAAAAAAACGGGACCUCUCUUAGGCACUUCUACACUAUAUGGCUCUUGACCCAUCAAAAGAGCCUCUCUAUUGUUGUAUACAAUCCCCCUGUAUACACAUUGCAGUCCAAAACCCAACCUGCCCUGCUCACCCAUCACUGGGCUGAACACCAGAUGCUCAAGGUAGUCUAUAUAUAAGUGUCUGUGUACGGGCCCAGGAGUAGGUGUGUCUGUGUGUGUGUGUGUGUGUGAGCUGUCCCCUGAUUGAACCUGUCCUGUUCUGGCCGUGAUGCCACAUUCGUACACUGCCCUGCCUUCACUUCCCCUCCCCCGACAUUGGAGGUUCAGGAAUACGCAUACAUGAGUGCAUGGACACACACACACACAAACGCGCACGCAGACACACACCCACGCUGAUGCAGUCUGGGACAAGGUUCAACACAAGGACACCAGCAUCCUUGACAGAGGAGAACAGAGGAGAGGAGAGGAGAUGAGAGGACAGGAGAGGAGAGAGGGAAAGAAAACAGAGGAAAGGAGAGGA